AUGGGAGACCUGAAGUCAGGUUUUGAAGAGGUGGAUGGCGUGAGGCUCGGCUACCUCAUCAUUAAAGGAAAGCAAAUGUUUGCCCUCUCCCAAGUCUUCACGGAUCUGCUGAAAAACAUCCCGAGGACGACCGUGCACAAGCGCAUGGAUCAUCUGAAAGUGAAAAAGCACCACUGCGAUCUGGAGGAGUUGCGGAAACUCAAGGCAAUCAACAGCAUCGCCUUCCACGCCGCCAAAUGCACUCUCAUCUCCCGGGAAGACGUGGAAGCGCUCUACACCUCCUGCAAAACCGAGCGCGUCCUCAAGACCAAGCGCAGGAGGGUCGGCCGGGCCCUGGCCACAAAGGCGCCGCCGCCAGAGCGCGCCGCCGCCGCCGCCGCCAGCCCCCGCCCGGGUUUUUGGAAGGACAAGCACCAACUUUGGCGGGGCCUGAGUGGAGCCGCGCGGCCCCUGCCAAUCAGCGCGCAGUCCCCGCGCCCGGGCGCCGCCGUCGUGCGCCCAGCCGCCCAUCUACCUCAGAUUUUUAGCAAAUAUCCGGGCUCGCACUACCCGGAAAUCGUGCGCUCGCCUUGCAAACCCCCUCUAAACUAUGAAACUGCCCCGCUCCAGGGAAACUACGUCGCUUUCCACUCGGACCCUACUUAUUUUCGGAGCCUGCUGUGCAGCAAGCACCCGGCUGCCGCCGCCGCCGCCGCAGCCGCCGCGGCCGCGGCCGCGGCCGCCGCCGCCGCUGCCGCCGCCUACUACCAGGCGUCGGCGGCCGGGCCCCAACCCAAGGCGGCGGCGAGCGCCGGAGGCCCCGUGAGCCUGACCUACCGGUGCAAGCGCAAGCGCGGGGGCGCCAAAGACUGCCUGCUGGAGCCCCACGCCGGCGCCCGCCGCCUGCUUCUGCUGCCCAGGUCCUACAAAGCCAAGGCGGCGGCCGCAGCGGCGGCCGCGGCGGCGGCCGCGGCGGCCGCCGGGGCCAGUUGCCUGGAGAGGUUUCAUCUGGUUAACAGCUUCUGCCCGCCUCCCCACCACCACCACCACCACCACCACCAUCACCACCACCACCAUCACCACCACCACCACAGGGCCCAGCAGCCGCAGCCGAAUCACCACCCCCCUCAUCACCACCGGCCGCAGCCCCAUCUGGGCAGCUUUCCCGAGAGUUGCAGCAGCGACUCCGAGUCCAGCUCCUACUCGGACCAUGCAGCCAACGACUCAGAUUUUGGCUCCAGUUUGUCUAGCUCCAGCAACUCUGUGUCCUCCGAGGAAGAGGAGGAGGAGGGAGAGGAGGAGGAGGAGGAAGAGGAGGAGGACGAGGAGGAGGGGGGCAGUGGGGCCUCGGAUUCCAGUGAAGUCAGCUCGGAGGAGGAGGACUCGUCCACGGAGUCGGACUCCAGCUCCGGCUCCAGCCAAGUGUCAGUGCAGAGCAUCCGUUUCAGGCGCACCAGCUUCUGCAAGCCUCCCAGCGUGCAGGCGCAGGCCAACUUCUUGUACCAUCUGGCCUCCGCCGCCGCUGCAACCAAACCCGCUGCUUUCGAGGAUGCCGGCAGACUUCCCGACCUCAAGAGUAGUGUCAAAGCGGAGUCGCCCGAGGAGUGGAAUCUGCAGAGCUGGGCCCCCAAAGCGUCUCCGGUGUACUGCCCGGCCAGCCUGGGGAGUUGUUUCACAGAGAUAAGGAACGAUAGGGUAUCUGAGAUUACAUUCCCACACUCUGAAAUUCCCAGUACUGUAAAGAGAACUGAGCUGACAAUUAACUGCCUGGCGGAGGGGGCCUCUUCACCUAGCCCAAAGACAAACAAUGCAUUUCCACAACAAAGAAUACUCCGAGAGGCUAGGAAAUGCCUACAAGCAACUCCUACUACAUACUGUGCAGAUAACAACACAAUAGCUGCUAGGUUCUUAAGUAAUGAUUCUUCGGGAGUGGCAGCAAAUUCAGAAAAAGAUUCCAAAAUCCCUCAUUGCACUGAAUUUGCUGCGGAUUUGCCCUCUUCGCCAACUGAUCCCGAGGUGGAUGCAGCAGCAACUAAAGCCGAGAAUCCCUGCACUGACACAGGCGACAAGACAUUGCCAUUUCUGCACAAUAUUAAAAUCAAAGUAGAAGACAGUAGUGCUAAUGAAGAAUAUGAACCUGACCUUAUUACAAAUAAGCUAAAGUGCGAGUGCAAUGAUACAAAGGGUGAGUUUUACAGUGUGACUGAAAGUAAAGAGGAGGACGCCUUGUUAACCACAGCCAAGGAAGGUUUUGCCUGCCCUGAAAAAGAAGCUCCUUCCUUAAGUCCACUGGCUCAGAGUCAGGGCCUUUCAUGCACUUUAGGUUCUCCACAACCUGAGGAUGGGGAAUAUAAAUUUGGUGCCAGGGUGAGAAAAAAUUACCGGACACUAGUACUGGGAAAGCGACCUGUACUUCAGACACCUCCAGUCAAACCAAAUCUGAAAUCAGCUAGAAGUCCUCGUCCUACAGGUAAAACUGAGACACAUGAAGGAACACUGGAUGAUUUUACAGUUAUAAACAGACGCAAAAAGGUAGCCAGCAAUGUAGCAUCAGCAGUGAAAAGGCCAUUUAAUUUCAUGGCAAAUUUUCCUUGUCCACCAUCACUCAUUAUUGGGAAGGAUGGGGAUUUGUGGCCAGCGUAUUCCUUAAACACCACUAAGGAUUCCCAACCUCCUCACAAGGCCCAUCCUAUAUGGAAAUGGCAGCUGGGCGGUUCUGCAAUACCUCUUCCACCUAGUCACAAAUUCAGGAAAUUUAAUUCAUAAAAGUGUUUUGGAAGAUAUUUUCUUGAACCAUAUUCCCUUCCUUUUGUUGUA